GUUCCUGCUGGAAUGCUGCCCCUCUGGUGUCUGGUUCCGGGCUCCUUUACUGUGGUUUUCUGAUCCAAACUCGUCUUAGGAGGUUUCUCGGCCUCCGCUCCCCAUCUGGAGUGUAGUGAGGAGCAGAGCUGGGCCUCCGGGGUCAGGUUCCCCGGUGGAUGGAUCGAGAGACCCGCCUCUUUGCCGAGCGGCACUACCGGGGCCUCGGGGGCCAAGUCCCUGGCUGCAGCGGGCCCGCACCCAGCAGUGUGACCUUCAUUCAGGCGCCGGACGCCUUCUCCUACGCUGACUUCGUGAAGGGCUUCCUGCUGCCUAACCAGCCCUGCGUGUUUUCCAGCGCCUUCACCGAGAGCUGGGGCAGCCGGCGGCGGUGGGUGACGUCGGCGGGGAAGCCUGACUUCGAGUAUCUGCGGCAGAAGUAUGGAGACGUGGUUGUGCCGGUUGCCAAUUGUGGAGUGCGGGAAUACAAUUCAAACCCCAAGGAGCACAUGCCCUUCCGUGACUAUAUCGAUUACUGGAAGGAGUACAUCCAAGGAGGUUGCUCCUCCCCUCGGGGCUGCCUCUACCUCAAGGACUGGCACCUGUGCAGCUCCUGUGCUUUCCUCAGAGACUCCUUGGUGGAUGACCUGGAAGAUAUAUUCACCCUGCCUGUGUACUUCUCAUCAGACUGGCUGAAUGAGUUCUGGGACGUCCUCAAUGUGGAUGACUACCGCUUUGUCUACGCGGGGCCCAGGGGCACCUGGUCUCCCUUCCAUGCGGAUAUCUUCCGCUCCUUCAGCUGGUCAGUGAACAUCUGUGGGAGGAAGAAAUGGUUGUUCUUCCCGCCAGGGCAGGAGGAGGCCCUUCGGGACUGCCACGGUAACCUGCCCUAUGAUGUGACUUCCGCCGAGCUCCUAGACACUCGCCUCUAUCCCAGGAUCCAGCACAGCAGCCUACCCCUUGAAGUCAUACAGGAGGCUGGUGAGAUGGUAUUUGUGCCCAGCGGGUGGCACCAUCAAGUGUACAACCUGGACGACACCAUCUCUAUCAACCACAACUGGGUCAAUGGCUGCAACCUGGCUAACAUGUGGUACUUCUUGCAGCAAGAACUCCAGGCAGUACAGCAGGAGGUCAGAGAAUGGAAGGACUCCAUGCCUGACUGGCACCACCACUGCCAGGUCAUCAUGAAGUCCUGUACAGGGAUCAAUUUUGAAGAAUUUUACCACUUCCUCAAGGUCAUCGCUGAGAAGAGACUUCUUGUCCUGAGGCAAGGCCUGAAGGGGGACACAGGGGACAGCGCGGGCCCAAGGCUGGGCCUGCAGCAGGCUGCAUUUGAUGUUGGACGCCUUGCAGAUGUGCUGGCCUCUGUGGUUGCACAUCCUGACUUUCAGAGAGUGGACACCAACGCAUUCUCACCACAGCCAAGGCAGCUGCUUCAGCAGCUGGAGGAUACUGUGGCUGCUGCUAAGGCCCUUUAGUACUCUACAGGUCAUGAUAUAGGAAGAAUUCUAGAGGGCAGCUUCAGAAUUGCCGCAGGGCCUCGCCCAGGCUACCCUUCCUUGAGGCCUAGGACGUACCUCAAGGCUGUGCGGGUGCAGUUCUUGCAGUGUGGGCAGACACAGUCUUGCCCAUCUAGUGCUGUUUCCCAGUAUCUAGGCCCUGGAUCUUGAGGAAGGUCCAGCCAAAACGGGAAUUUAACUCAUGGGGGCUAGAGGGAUAUUCACCCAUUUAGCCUAUAACAAGCCUGCCAAGAACUUAAUUGAAUGGUGAUCAUGAAACCGGGUUUCCUUGGAGCCUUCCAACCUCUCCUAGUGAUCCUAGGACUCCUGAGUGAUGGAUAUCCAGUCCAUCUCUUGGAGGUGACCCUGUGUGACCUGGGACAUAGAGAUGCAUAUAUGCAGUUGCCUUCCAAGCCUCUGUGUCCUCUAGUUCUGUCCUGGGAGCUCCAGCAGCUGGACUAGGAAGAGUUAACCUGGGUAUGGCAAGUGGCAGGGGACUUCUUAAGCUGGAUGUUGUUCCCCUGUGGCUGGAGGCACAGUGCUAGGUGGCUAAAAAACCCCAAAUACUGAUCUAGCCAAGUCCCCAGGAUGGAGAUGAUGUGCAGGACUAGGGGGAAGUAGCAUUCUUCCCCACAGCACUCCUUCAAGGCCUGGGCUCCUAUGCUAACGCUGUGCUAGCCCAUCUUCUGCCCAAGGGCACAGGGCUAAGUCCAGAGCAGAAGUACAGGGAGUCUUGUAGAGGAGACAGAUACCCCAGUCUCAGGCUGGUGCUGGAUGAGGCAGUGCCUCCUCUGUUGGCUGCACUCCCUGCCUGUGCUUCUUAGAUGGAGACAAGUCAUUGCUUAAUGGCCUGCGUGGCUCCACAUAAUAUCCUGCAGGCCACCACGUUCACUGUGCUAUUUCUAGGAAUAGGGGGUUGUGGCUGAGGACAGAGGUGCACAGCCUGUGUGAGAGCUGCUUACUCUGGGCCCCAGCAUGAACCACCAAGAUGAGGCACAGCUGUACAUAUAGUGUUGGACUUGUAGACCUUUUUGGAGACAGCUUUGCCUAAACCUGCAGCCUUCAUGAUCAGAGGUGGGGCCUCACAGACAGAAGGAAAUUAUAAGCAGAAUUAGCCACAGCCUUUGCAGAGAUCCUAUGCAGGACCUGGUGCCAGUGACAGACCUUGUCAUCCCCAGGAAAACCCUCUGGGUAGGGCCUCCUGGGAAUGUUUUUGGAGGAGCCACUUGAGGCUUAGAGCGCUGACUUUUCAAGGCACAACCUGCAGAGUGGCACUAAUGCUAGUUUACCCUGUGAGCUGUAGGUCCUACACAGACUAGGUAAGUAAGAAUUUGGGUAGGGGCAGGGGCACCUGUAUCUCUGCCCUGCCUGCCACACAGGUCUCCUCUUGGUUGGGACUACUGGGGAGGUGCUGAAGCUCUGUGGCUAGGAGAAUAUCUCUUGGUGUUAGAUGUAGAAUCAAUCAAUAAAUCAAUCAAUCAUUUAUUUAUUUAUUAAUACCUUCAAGCGCUUCGCCAGCUAAAAAUAGUAACAUCUCCAGAUUCAGAGCCUUUACCAGCAGCAUUGUCCCAGGGAAUCCUCAAACAUGACCAGGCAGAUAAGCCUGCCCAGGUGGUGCCUUUGAGCUCCUGGCCAGGGGUGUGGUAUCUGGGGCCCUGGCUCCUUUCUGUUGUGAAGACACUUUACAAAAGUGGCCCAGCAACUUAAUGGGGCAGUUAGCCUUCCUUACUCCAGAUUUGCAAAAUUAAGGAAAGUUAACACCCUGGGCCAUGUGUGACAGACAUUACCUACUAUGUACUCCCAUGACCAUCCUAACUAGAAAUAACAGUCACACAGCUCAGCAGGUAAAGAUGCUUGCUGUGCACAUCUGUGCCCCUGAGUUUGCACCCCAGAAUCCAUGUGAGUGGAAGGAGGUAUAGGGGAGAAGCCCCUUCAUCUACCUCACAGACUGCCAAAACCCUUGCUUGCACCAAGGCUGCCACAAUUUGAUGUUUGUGUAAGGACCUCUGCUCAGUAGCUGUCUGGCCAGCCUUGGACUGUUACCACUCUUGUUGCUGAUCCUUGUAGCUAAAACUUAGUUUUUCGUGAUAUAUAAUCUCCUUAUUUUGCCUUUGCAACUUCCUGUUGCCCCAACCACCAUGGGUACAGCCUUAGUUUACUGGCACGUGUUCCCACUGUGACAUGGCUAUUUACAAGAAGUAAUGUCUUUUGGAAGAUUAUUUGGAUGGACAGUUAAAUAUCCUCCACCUAGUUAUGCCAAUACUUGAAAAGCUUUAAUGAAAGGAAAACAUCCUAAUCCCAAGAAGGGCUUCCUCUGCACUCCGAUGCUUCUGGGUCCAGCCUCAACUAUUGACCAAGGUAUUUAACCUCUAUUUGCAGAAAUGGAGAUAAGCCCCCACUACUCAGAUCAGAAUCUGACUAAGGGUGAUGAGUGGGUUCCACAGCUGUUCUAAACUGUUGAGAUGGAAUAAGAAAAAUGGGCAAAAUGCAAGCAAGAUCAUUCAUGAUUUAAUAUGAAGGAGAGCUAUACCCUUCUCCCCACCAGUCCGGCUUCCAUUCCCCAUUGUCAACAUUAUCCAACUGUGAUCCAGAAAUACUAAGUGAAUGAAAGCAGGUAUUUUGAUCACAUUCAUACAACUUACUACAGUAUAUUGUUAGAGUUCUAUUAUGACUUCUUUCCUUACUAUGCUUUAUAAAUUGUGAUAGGAGCCGGGUGGUGGUGGCACAUACCUUUAAUUCCAGCACUCAUGGCAGGAUCUCUGAGUUCGAGGUCAGCCUGGUCUACAGAGUAAGUUCCAGGACAGCCAAAGCUGUUAUAGAAAGAAACUUGUCUUGGAAAAAAAAAAAGUUUUACUUUUAGGUUGAAUUUUUAUUAAUUUCAUCCAGUCCUAGCUGAAAUGAACAUCUAAGAAUUAACUCCUAAACUCAUUUGAGACUAAAGGAAAAGGAAUUGGGUAGAAUGAACUCUAAAAGCUUAGAUAAAAGCUUAGAUCUUGAUUUCACUUGAAAAGUUUGGUCCACAGCUUCCCCAUGAUUAAUUUAGCCUAUGAACAGGUUACUUUAACCUGCUGCAUUUUGUCAUAAAUAUAAUUAAAGUUUGUAUGCCAGAGUACUUCAUAUAUAACAAUAUUGCUCUGUGUACUGGUUAGCUUUUGUCAACUUGACACAAACCUAUACACAUCUGAGAAUAAAGAAUCAUAAUUGCC